GUCGUCACGAUUACGCAUGUGCCCGCUGCUGCUGACACGACAGAAAACAUGGCGCUCGAGGAACCAAAUGGAGAUUUUCCAUAUUUACCUUCAGGGGUGGCGGAGGUAAACAAAAUGAUAAAGGAGAAUGGUGACCUUUUUUCUGAUGCCCUGUGCAAAAUCUGCAGUGCUGUCCUGAAUUCUGACUCCCAGAAACUUGCACAUUAUCAGAGCAAAAAGCAUGCCAACAAAGUGAGACGCUACAUGAGCAUCCACAAAGAAGAGGAGCCCACCAUCAAAAGGUUCAAGUCGCCUUCGGGAGACAGUGCCAGCAGUAAUGGCGAGACGGACCGCUCCAAAGCCUGUCAUAUAUGUAACAUGACAUUCUCCUCUCCGGUGGUGGCUGAGUCCCACUACCAGGGCAAGGUGCACACCAAGAACCUGAGACUGAAGACCUUUGGCAACCAGACCCCAGUAGCACUACCUCAGGCUGUGGCCCCAGUGGUGAAAAAGAAGAAGAAGAAGAAGGAGGCUCAAUCAGAGGAGGCUGGCAACGUGGCAUCGUCAGGCCCGGCCGAGGACGACCAGGGCAACUUCUGUUCCAUCUGCCAUGCCUCGUUCAACAACCCCCUCAUGGCCAAGCAGCACUACGAAGGCAAGAAGCAUAAAAAACAGCUGACCCAGCAGAAGCUUAUGGAGACCUAUGGGCCAUCCACUGCCUCAGCUUCCACAGUAAAGGGCUACCCAUGUACUGUAUGCAACAUCGAACUGAACUCUGUGGAACAGUAUCAGGCACACAUCAGUGGCUCCAAACAUAAGAACCACGUCAGAGGGAAGAAAGCGAGCAGCCCGAUGUUCAUCGACCCAUCGGAAAACAAGUACACAGCAGAAAACCAGCAGUCAGAGUACCAGUAUACACCUGAAGCCGAACCAGUACAGGAGGACUGGGGUGCUUUCAGCCAAGAUUACGAGUGACGAGCCUCCCAGUACCCCCCCACCAACACCACAGUUCCCUCAGCUACGGCCAGAAGGAUCACCUGACCAGGAAAAGCUCUAGGUCCUUGUUUCAAUACAGGUUACAACUAGGAUCCAGAGUUUUCUUUUUUUCUGUUCAUGUCAGGAAAAAUCCCUGGACAGAGGGCAGCCUAUAUGUGGUGGUCUUUCUGUGGUGUUGUAUCUGCCUCAUGGAUGAAUCUCAACUCCAGCUCUAUAUCAUUCUGUCAACUCCAUGUCUAAAUCCCAGUACAUAUUCACUACCGGUCAAAAGUUUUAGAGCACCUACUCAUUCAAGGGGUUUUCUUUAUUUGUACUCUUUCUACAUUGUAGAAUAAUACUGAAGACAUCAAAACUAUGAAAUAACACAUGGAAUCAUGUAGUAACCAAAAAAGUGUUAAAUCAAACAAUAUUUUUUUAUUGAGAUUCUUCAAAUAUCCACCGUUUGCCUUGAUGACAGCUUUGCACACUCUUGGAAUUCAAUCAACCAGCUUCACCUGGAAUGCUUUGACAACAGUCUUGAAGGAGUUCCCACAUAUGCUGAGCAGUUGUUGGCUGCUUUUCCUUCACUCUGUGGUCUGACUAUUCUUCCUAAACCAUCUCAAUUUGGUUGAGGUUGGGAGAUUGUGGAGGCCAGGUCAUCUGAUGCAGCACUCCAUCACUCUCCUUCUUGGUCAAAUAGCCCUUACACAGCCUGGAGAUGCGUCUUUAGCCCUUACACAGCCUGGAGAUGCGUCUUUAGCCCUUACACAGCCUGGAGAUGCGUCUUUAGCCCUUACACAGCCUGGAGAUGCGUCUUUAGCCCUUACACAGCCUGGAGAUGCGUCUUUAGCCCUUACACAGCCUGGAGAUGAGUCUUUAGCCCUUACACAGCCAUAAUGCGUCUGCGGUUGGAAUCUAAAAUUUGGAAUCCAGUCCAAAGGACAGAUUUCUACCGGUCGAAUGCCCGUUGCUCGUGUUUCUUGGCCCAAGCAAGUCUCUUCUUGUUGGUGUCCUUUAGUCCUGGUUUCUUUGCAGCAAUUUGACCAUGAAGGCCUGAUUUCACGCAUUCUCCUCUGAACAGUUGAUGUCUGUUACUUGAACUCUGUGAAGCAUUUAUUUGGGCUGCAAUUUCUGAGGCUGGUAACUAAUGAACUUCUCCUCUGCGGCAGAGGUAACUCUGGGUCUCCCUUUCCUGUGGCAGUCCUCAUGAGAGCGAGUUUCAUCAUAGCGCUUGAUGAUUUUUGUAACUGCACAAGUUCUUAAUGUUCUGUAUUGACUGACCUUCAUGUCUGAAAUUAAUGAUGUUCUGUCGUUUCUCUUUGCUUAUUUGAGCUGUUCUUGCCAUAAUAUGGAUUUAGUAAAUCCUCUGUAUACCACCCCUACCUUGCCAUAACACAAUUGAUUGGCUCAAAUGCAUUAGAAAUUCCACAAAUUAACUUUUAACAAGGCACACCUGUUAAUUGAAAUGCAUUCCAUGUGACUACCUCAUGAAGCUGGUUGAGAGAAUGCCAAGAGUGUGCAUAGCUGUCAUCAAGGCAAAGGGUGGCUGCUUUGAAGAAUCUCCAAUUUGUUUUUGGUUAUUACAUGAUUCCAUAUGUGUUAUUUCAUAGUUUUGAUGUCUUCACUAUUAUUCUACAAUAUAGAAAAACCCUUGAAUGAGUAGGUGUUCAUAAACUUUGGACUAGCAGUGUGUGUUGGUUGUGUUUCUAGUCGGUCAGACCAGAGAGGAAUAGAGGCUCCUGGACAUGUUCUCUCAUUCUGUUCAGUUCAAAAUGAUGUCAUAAAUAUUUAAAAUUCCAGACAAUACAGUACAAUGAUAUGACUGUGGUCAGAAUUUCCCUGGAUGUUCCUUUCGUUUGUGCGAGGGACUUGCAGUUGUGUUCUGGUUCUGUGUGAAAUUGUUGUUUGUUUUUUACCAUCUUUUUUCCAUUUAGGCCUCUAAUCCUUGUCCCCCCCAACACUCGUUCUUUUGAUCCCUCUUUUUAAACGUUUCUCUUCGACUGGCUGAAGAGAAACUCCAACAUAUCCUGUACAGAAAGUUAUUUCUAGAAUUGUUACUCGUUCUAUUAAUUAUAUUUCUUUCGGUUUGCUGUUAGCAACAUGGAGAGUGACUUGGGAUCUGUUUAUACAGGAAGCACAAUUCUGAUAUUUUUCCACUAGUCCUUUGACCAACCAGAAUGCUAUUUUGACAAAAUAUCAGAAUACUUCUGCUUGUGUAAAUGCGUCCUUGGAAGUUUUUUUUAUGUUACAUUUUCUGCACCCACCAACCUCUGUGAGAACCUAGAUUGAUGUUUAUUUUAAGUAAAAGACUGGCAGAUAAGCACAUCCUAUAAUUGUUUUAUUAUAUGCACAUGGGCUUGUAUCAGUUUACAAACUGCGCUGUCAUACCAACAAUAUGCCGCAGCAGAGAAGUAAUGUCAUAUUCUAACUGUGCUUUUUAUUAGGAAUGCGCUGUCGGUACCAGGACUUAAAAAUCUAUGUAUUUGUGUUUUGGUCACACAGGAAAAAGGAAAUGAAACAACUUACGUACAAUGUGACAUAUACCUUUACUAGACAUCUGCUGUGCUAUGUCAUAGUUGUAGAAUUCAUGCAAUAAUGUUUUAUUCUGUAGUUGUCCUUCUGUGCUGGUUGGGCCAGGAAAGAUUGUCAGAAUGUUGGUCAACAUUUUGUGAGUCUGGUGGAGUGGAUUUGUCUGAUGUGAUUGUGAAGAUCUGAGAUUGUUUCUUCGGUGGUGAAACUAAAAUAAGCUAUUUCAAAGGCUGUGUUUUGACUAGUUAGUGCUGAUACUGAUCUAUGUUUUUGCAUUUAUUGAAAAUACAAAAUAUCUACUUGGACAUGGUUCAUAGACUGCCUGUAUCAGAUAAGUGAGGGAUUGAUUGUGCAGUGCAUUCGUUACUGACAGAUGGUAAAGGAUCAUAGAUUUGUACUUUAUUUACUCUUUCAAAUGAAAGGGUGAUAUAUGGAUCUAUAAAGGCAUUAAUACAUGUUUUGAUAAGGACCCAUCCCCAAGUAUUUAAUUUGUGACUAGUUGUUUUGGUUAUUUGCAAUUUUGGCAUGUCUUAAGAAUAGUUUGUUUUUUAGCAUCAGACAUGACAAAUUGCAUAUUUUAGUAUUGAAUGUGUGGCCCAGCCUUUGGCUGAAGAAAUGUUGCAUUGAUUUUGGAUGUAAUUCAUUCGAGGGCUUCUAAAUAAAUACAUUAAAACAAACACAAA